AUGACCACCUCUAUCACCUCUACAACUAUCGGCCAGGAAACUUCUGUUGUUUGCGUAACGGGUGCCAAUGGAUACCUAGGCUCUCAUAUCGUGAGAGAGUUAUUGGUGGAAAGUUACAGAGUCAUUGGCACCAUCCGUUGUGAUCCCGACUCCACCGAUCCGAACCUUACGAAAAAGUUUCACUUCUUGUUUCAAUUACCGAAUGCCACACGAGAAAAUUUGAAAUUAUUGAAGGCAGAUUUGUUGGAAGAGGGAUCCUUUGAUGAAGCCAUUUCUCAAUCACACUAUGUCAUUCAUGCGGCUUGUCCGUUUUAUUUGACACCCACUCCCGAGUCGGCUCAAGAUGCUCAUGAAAAGUUAUUCAUUCCAGCAGUGAAUGGAACCAAAAAUGUUUUAAAUUCUGUGAAAAAGUAUCGCAAACAAAUCAAACGUGUGAUUGUAACAUCAAGUACAGGAGCAUUGAUUGGAUUUGCGGAAAGAGUUUUUGGAAAAGUAUAUGAUGAGACGGAUUGGAAUGAAAAAUCGACAAUUACCAAUAACCCAUUUGCGUUCAGUAAAACUAUGGCUGAAAAAGAAGCUUGGAAAUGGCAUCGAGAACUCAUGUCAUCGGAUGAAACGGAACAACAUUUGAAUGAACAUGAUGAAAAUACAAUUGAAACAUCUACAAAAAGUGGAGUGGAACUGGUAAGCUUAAAUCCAGUGUUGAUAUUGGGACCUCCUCUUCAUCUGAAAUAUCUCAAGAAGCAAGGAUUCAAUAAUAAUUCCACGAAUGCCCACUCGGCACAACACUCCUCAUCGAAUUGCUCGUCACUGGAUGGCACCGAAACAUCACCAUGUGAACAUGACAAUGCCGAAGUGAAUUUAAAUUUCAGUUGUAAGCUUCUCUACAAUCACAUUAUGAAAUCCAAAAUGUACCCUCAUGACGAUGUUCUUGGAAAAACCACAAAGGCUGACGGCAUGAGUAUUGUUGACGUGAGAGAUGUCGCUCGGGCUCAUCGCCUUGCUCUCACUCAACCAAAUAUCCAUUCGAAUCGAUUUGUUUUGGUGAGUGAAAAGUGUCAAUGGGUACGAAUGAGUCGAAUCAUUUGUGAACAUUUUCCAAAUCUUUCUGUGAAACCUCCACUCCAGAUUAAGGACAAAAUGGAUGAAGAGGAGGGUCUCUACAAGAUGUUGAAUUUUUCCAAUGCCAAGUUUUUGCGAGCUUUUUCAAUUCAAGCUCAUUCUGUCCAUUCGGUUCAACACACACCACAAGAAUUGUCUUCCAUUCCACACAACAAUAUUAAUCAUGAGAGCUUUAUGGAAUUUAUUUCAGCAGAAAAGACCAUCAUUGACACGGUGAAUUCUUUCAUUGAGGGUGGAUUGCUUUCUUAG